UCAAGGACGCGUCACGAGGAGCUUCUUCCUCGCAAUUCUUUCAUACUCCAUCAAUCGAAAACUGUUUACGAAAGAGCGAACAGGAUUACGCGCUGCUUACGGGCUCAGUGUGCUCAACGCUAACGACGAAAAUCCACCCGGACGACUCUUCUUUCAUUUGGCGCGAUCCCACCGGAGUUUUCGUCGCACCCAUCCGCGCCAUGAAAUUCGUUUUUGUGCUACUCGCGGGCUCGAUGCUCCUCGGCAUCGAUGCAGCUGGCAGAGGCAGAAUGAAGUAUCGAAGGCAAAUGCCCUUCCCCGGCCAACCCGAAGUUACCGAAGAGCCCUGGCCUCACGUGGACCUCCAGAAGGUCGAUCGACGUCAAGAUUCCUGGCAAGAGAAAACCGCGACGUCCGGCCUCGAGAACUUGGACGACACCGUUGUCGUCGGCGACCUCCAAGUCCCGGUGCCAGACUCGCCCAAUUCUUCGCGACAAUUUUAUCCGGGAUGGAUCCAACCCUCGGCCGAAGUCCCCAAACCCAUUAGCCCCGUGACCAACCCACCAGCCCAGUCACCCAGUUAUCCGGCUCAACAACCGCCCUAUCAAAAUCCUUCGGAACAACCGAACUACCAAAUUCCACCGAACGGGGCUCAACCUCCCCAGGCGAAUCCAGUCCCACCCCCCGGAUGCCUCGGGCCACGUGGACAGUAUCCGAGCCUCAAUAAUUGUGCCAAUUAUUUGAACUGCUGGGACGACGUCGUUAUCGAACAAACCUGCCCCAACGGACUGCUGUUCAAUGACGUCACCGGCCUCUGCGACUUCGAUUACAACGUCAACUGCGGAAGCAGACCGGGAGCAACGCCCAAGCCCCCUCUGCCAGCAGGUUCAAAACGAUGCCCCGAUUUGAACGGCCGCUACAGAAGCGCCACAAACUGCUCGGAAUUCUACGUGUGCCUUUCCGGCAGCCCGAUCAAGUUCAACUGUCCCCCUGGAUUGGUAUACAAUGACGCCGUGAGUGUUUGCGACUAUCUUUACAACGUGGAUUGCCAAGGAGCAGCAACUCCACCCCCGAUGCCUCUCCCAGCCCCGGAAUCGACUUGGCCAACAGCUUCAGGGGCUGAGAGGCCGACGCAGCCUCAGCAGACUCAAAGACCCCAACCGACGUUCCCGCCAGGUGCGUACCCGGAUAACUCCUGGUUGGGAAGAAGCGGAGAGCCUGACCCGUGGCACCAGAGACCCGUCGGUGCGCAGCUCGAAUUGGACAUGAAACAGGAUGCGGCGAACGGCAACAACUCCGGCGAAGCAGUCGAGAGCGAUCCGACGGUAACGCCGACGAUUCAGAGCCCUUGGGACCUGGUGCAUUCCAUUCCAGAAGAAUUGACGAAAGGCCCUUGCGAGAACGGCAACGUUCAUCGACUCGAUGAAUCCUGCGCCAGCGUCGUCGUCUGCAGGAACAAACGCCCGCAGCUCGUCCAGUGUCCUCAAGGCUUCACGUAUGACAGACCAUCCGAUUCUUGCCGACACUUUAACAUCGCUAAAUGCUAAUCGACGAGAUUCCUUAGUUCACAAACGCUUUGUACUUCCAGCUAAUUCCACUACUCUUAAAUAAGUGUACUAUCUUGUAGCUAAUUAUAAUGAUUUUACUGAUAAUAAAACACCAGCUUUUUGUACAA